AUGGCCCGAGCAAAGUCCCUGAGUGGUCGGAGGCUGAAGAUGCCUCCCACCGUGAUGAGCAAUCGGCGGAUAGCUAAGCCAGUGCGAAAGAUCACGGAGGAGAUAAAUGCCCUCAAACUUCUCAGUGGACAAAAAGAAGGGGAGAUCAAGGACCUCCAAGCCGAAUUGGCCACAGCUUAUAAAGAGCAGACUGACCUGAUUGAGCAGGUUCAGCAGAAGGCCGAAAAGAUCGACCAGCUUUGUGAGGAGGACAACAUGAUGAAGGCAGAGACUUUGGGGUGGAAGCAAAACAUAGACCGCCUUGCCUCGAAGAAAGAUACUGCUCGAGCCCAACUAUCAUCGAUCGGACAUCAACUUCAAAGCAUGAAAGAGGAAAGCUUGGCCCAAGCCCAGAAAAUUGAGGAGCUCGAGGCUCGAUUGGCCGCCGAACUUGCAAAGGCCACAUUUGAGAUGAAAAAACUAAAGGCUGACAUGGAGGUUGCCGAGCAUUCCAAGUACCAUUCUCGAAGAGAGAAUCUUGAGGAGAUUCAUGCUCGCGGCUUUAACCUUGCUGUCGAUAUCGAGAAUGCGAAAGUACUCAAGGCCGAAGCCAAAGCAUUGGUCUCUUUCGAUGAUGAUGAUUCUGGGAGCACGAGUGGACCCGAGAGUGUAGGGGAUUCUGAUGACGAAGACGCAGCUCCCAAAGAAAAUUAG